CAAUCUUAAAUAGUACAGUAGUCAAAAUGGGUUUACCAAACGUUCUUGCAUUUUCUAUUACAAUGUAUGUGUUGGGGAGCAUGCAUCCAGUAUUUGGACAUACACCAUGUAGUACUUGUACAUGCACACCUGUGGAGGAAGUUAAUUGUAGAUGUGACUGCAGCCGCCGAUGUAAUACACAAGAAAUUGGAUUUCUGGUGAGAUUGAAUAGCAAUUUAAUGAACAGACCGAAAGGAUCCGAUGUCAUAUAUGAUGCCGUUAUUACAAAUGAUGGUAAUGGCUAUAAUCCUUCAACAGGAAUAUUUACAGCACCAGUUCAAGGACUUUACUCUUUCUCUUGGACAACUACUACCCAAGCUAACAAAUGCUUCUUCACGUACCUGGCUGUGAAUGGAAAUAUGAUUGCAAGAAACCAUGCAGGAAAAGAUAAUGUCAACCUAUCAGCAAGUCAGACUGUUGUUGCUCAUUUGAAGACACAUGAUAAAGUAAAUAUUAAGGUCCAAGAUAAUUAUUUCGCUGAUCUUAUGUAUGGUGAAGGAUGGUCAACCUUUUCAGGUUUUAGGAUAUGAGUUUUUUUUUAUUUGCUAUUUAUUUAUGAUCGCAAAAUAAAAUUAAAGCAUACAUGUA